AUGCCUCCAGCAAUCACCGCCAGAUAUGACUGGAUUCUUGCCAUCUCCAGCAUAGCAUUCGUCUUCAGUGCUUUUGGCAAUGGUGCAAAUGAUGUUGCCAAUUCCUACGCCACAUCAGUGGCCGCCCGCACCCUUACCAUGCCUCAGGUCGGCUUUCUCGCCAUGAUCACUGAAUUCGUUGGUGCCGUUGGGUUGGGUGCGCGUGUCACCAACACCAUCAAGAAUGGAAUUAUAAGCAUUGAUAGGUUUCAGGGCGAACCAGGAGCUCUGAUGUUGGCCAUGGGUUGUACUGAAGUCGGUUCCGCUACCUGGCUCAUGGCUGCCACUAGCUUGGGCUUCCCAGUCUCUACCACUCAGACAGUUGUUGGAGCUCUCAUUGGCGCUGGAUUUGCUUCUCAAUCGCCCAUUAAGUGGGCUUGGUCGUCGGGCAGUGUAACACAAGUCGCGGCUUCUUGGGGUAUCGCACCUCUUCUCGCAGCCUGCUUUUCGGCGCUCAUUUUCGGUACUGUCAAGUAUUCGGUGCUUGAACGAAAGGAUUCUUUCAAAUGGGCGAUGAGACUCAUUCCCUUUUACUUUGCAACUACGGCUGCUAUUCUCGCGCUAUUCAUUGUUGUCGAGGCCCCUACUGCGCCAUCACUAGAGGAGUUCGGUGGUGGAAAGGCUGCCGGAAUCAUCCUUGGGGUUUGGGCCGGCAUACUAGGAAUUUCCUAUAUCUUCUUUAUGCCAUACUUCGAACGGCGCCUUAUUAAGGAGGACUCUCGUGUCAAGUUCUACCACAUCCCACUUGGGCCGCUCUUGCGUAAAGAGAAUCCACCUCUAUACUUCCCUGCAAAGGAGAGUCGGUGUGUGGUUGACUACUAUGAAGAUCCAUAUGCCGUGGCUGAAUCAUCAUCAUCCGUCAAUUCUCUCAAGGAACAGAAGCAAUCGACUGGUGAUGAGGUACGCAGUGCUCCAGACUCGGCCAGUGUUGAAAAGGGCCUUGCCACUGAAAAGGUUCAGCCUAGUGCUCCUGUAAGGAGACCACUUACACCACAUGAACGAUUCCUGGAUCCCGUCAGGCAUCUCUCCUGGACCAACCCCCAAAGGUGGUGGGGUUAUUUCAAGUUCGGACUUCUUCAGGGCGUCACGCGUGAUUGUGUCAGUCACGACUCAGUCAAACUUCGAGAAAUUCACGCCCGAGCGGCCAAGUAUGAUGUGCGAGUUGAACAUCUCUGGACAUACUGCCAAGUUGCAAGUGCUAUAUUGAUGUCCAUUGCUCAUGGCAGUAAUGAUGUUGCAAAUGCUGUUGGUCCAUGGGCUGCCGUCUAUCACACCUACUUAAAUGGCGAGGUUUCAACGAAAUCCCCUACCCCGGUCUGGUUCCUUGUUAUCGCUGGUUUUCUCUUGGGAGCUGGUUUCUGGUUCUAUGGAUACAACAUCAUCCGUGCCUUGGGCAACAAGAUCACCCAGAUGUCUCCAACCCGAGGAUUCAGCGUGGAGCUCGGAGCUGCCGUCACGGUCUUGUUAGCCUCCCGACUCGCACUUCCAGUCAGCACUACCCAGUGUUUGACAGGCGCGACAAUGGGCGUUGCUCUAAUGAAUUAUGAUCUCGGGGCCGUCAACUGGUCACAGCUAGCAUUUAUUUUCAUGGGCUGGGUCCUCACUCUGCCAUGCGCUGGCUUGAUAUCGGGGUUGUUAUGUCUUAUGGCGUUGAACACCCCUCAUUUUUGA